CGAUUUCUCACCCAUUUCCUCUUCCUCCCCUCCCCCCAUAAGAAGAAGCUUCCUCGUCGUCUCCCCCUCCCCCUCCUCUUCUCCGUCAACCGAAAAAUCCGCCCCAUCUUGAGGAGCUGGGUCACUGCUGGGCUAAGCAACACGGCCAACCACAGCGCGAAUCCCCCAAAGAAAAAGGCUUCGUUUCAUAAACCAAGAGGUUCACUUGUUGGGUUCUCGCUGUCGGAGUUCGGCGGCGGACGGAGACGGAGUCGUAGUCGGAGCGUGAGGUCUAGCUGGUGGCUGCGGAGGCGAGGCCCGGAGGAAGCGGCUGAUUGAGUAAGCGCGUCUAGCACAGGAACCAAGAGGAGGAAGGAAGAGGAACCCAAUCCAAUCAUGGACUCGGAGCACUGGAUCUCGCGCCUCGCCGCCGCCAAGCGCUUCUACGCCGCGCAGCUCGGCCACAUCGACGAUAUGGCGGGGAUGGGGAUGGAGGAAGUGGACAUGGACAUGGAGGACGACGGGGAGAUGGACAUGGAGAUGGAGAUGCAGCUGGAGGAGGCAAGAUGGCCGGAGGUCGCCUGCCCCUACUGCUACGAGGACUACGACCUCGGCUCCCUCUGCGUCCACCUCGAGGAGGACCACCCCUACGAGCCACACCCCGCGCCUUGCCCCAUCUGCUCUGAAAAGAUUACAAGAGAUAUGCUAAAUCAUAUCACCAUGCAUCAUGGUUACUUGUUCAAGAAUGGCAGCCGGUUGCGCAGAUUCGUUAUUCCCGAGCGCCGUGCACUUUCUUUACUGAGCCGAGAUCUACGUGAUGCUCAUUUGCAGGCGCUUCUAGGAGGCGGUCAUAGUCAUAGGUCAAGGAACACCACCACUGCCACUACAAAUAUCUAUGCUGAUCCACUGCUUUCAUCGUUUGGCCUGGGUUUUGCAACAUCAGAUGCCGAAGAACCAUCGAAAUCAUCAGUUCCGGUUCUCGAUGAUACUUCAAUUCUUAAGGAGGCGCCUCCUCAACCUUGGGAAUCAAGCAUUGACUCGUCCCUCACAAGCGAGGAAAGGGAACAAAAGCGGAAACAAGCCACAAGCAGGGCGACCUUUGUGCAAGACCUGGUCCUCUCCACUUUAUUUGGAGACGACUGAGUGCUCGAAUGGCCCUGCAUUUUCCUUGUUAGAUGGGUGCUUCCUUCACGCUGAUUCGGAUAGAACAGCAGCACUCCGCCAUGAGUGGUUAGUCUUAACUUGGGCGAAGGCAAGUGCGUCUGGUGCACCCGUAGUCAAGUGCGGAUUUUAUUUGGACUUGACACAUACACCUUAAUUUAUGGUAGCUGUUCCAUAUUGCCGUUUUUUCCACCGAAUUAUCGCCCAGCAGUUCCUUGCCUUGGUUGUAACUUGUUGUACCAUCCUCUUCAUUGUCAAGGAACAUUGGUCUGUACCAACAUCACACAGCUGUUACAUACUAUAGAAUGCAAUGCAAUGGGAAAUUACAGAAGCUCCACCUGUGUGGAAGCAAUAAGCA